UUAUAACCUUUUCAAAGGAACGGAGAUGGCGGACGGAACGCCUGGUGGAUCUCAAAAAGCCAGCGCAAAGGCGCUGCUUGAGAGCAAGCUGAAAUCUUUCAGCAUCGGGAAAAUGGCCGUGGCCAAGAGGACCCUUAGCAAAAAAGAGCAAGAUGAGAUCAAAAAGAAGGAGGAUGAACGAGCAGCCGCAGAGAUUUAUGAGGAGUUUCUCGCUGCAUUUGAAGGCGGAGACGGAAAGGUCAAAGCCUUCGUCCGAGGUGGAAUUGCGAAUGCAUCUAAAGAGGAGGCUGCCGCAGAUGAUAAGAAGGGCAAAUUGUACAAACCCAAGUCCCGCUUUGAAGCCAAAAGCUUCUUGCCUUUAGAGACCCCUCCGCAGUUUUUAGCGAUAGACAAAAGACAUGUGCCGAGUGUGAAGAAACCAACUGAAAAAGAAAAGAAAAAAAGUAACCUGGAGCUCUUCAAGGAAGAACUGAAACAGAUUCAGGAGGAGAGGGACGAGAGGCACAAGAACAAAGGGCGAGUCAGCCGUUUCGAACCCCUGUCCGGCGCGGACGGCAGGCGCUCGUCGGAUGGUUCUUCGCGAAGAAACCGUCCGUCCAGUGUCCUGGACGAGUCAGCCCCCGGCUCACACGACGUGGGAGACCCCUCGACGACAAACCUGUACCUGGGGAACAUCAAUCCGCAGAUGAACGAGGAGAUGCUGUGCCAGGAGUUUGGCCGCUACGGCCCUCUGGCCAGCGUGAAGAUCAUGUGGCCCAGGACGGACGAGGAGAGAGCCCGCGAGAGGAACUGUGGCUUUGUGGCCUUCAUGAGUCGACGAGACGCCGAGAGGGCGCUGAAGAACCUCAACGGCAAGAUGAUUAUGAACUUUGAGAUGAAGCUGGGCUGGGGCAAGGGUGUGCCCAUCCCCCCCCACCCCAUCUACAUCCCCCCUUCCAUGAUGGAACACACGCUGCCCCCACCCCCCUCCGGUCUGCCCUUCAACGCCCAGCCCCGCGAGAGGCUGAAGAACCCCAACGCCGCCCUCCUCCCCCCGCCCAAAAACAAGGAGGAGUUUGACAAGACUCUGUCGCAAGCCAUAGUCAAAGUGGUUAUCCCAACAGAAAGGAAUUUGCUCUCUCUCAUCCACCGAAUGAUCGAGUUUGUGGUGCGUGAAGGCCCCAUGUUCGAAGCCAUGAUAAUGAACCGAGAGCUCAACAACCCCAUGUACAGGUUUCUUUUUGAGAACCAGAGCCCAGCCCACGUGUACUACCGGUGGAAACUCUACUCCAUACUUCAGGGAGAAGCGCCGACAAAAUGGCGGACGGACGAGUUCCGCAUGUUCAAGAACGGCUCGCUGUGGCGGCCCCCUCCUCUCAACCCCUACCUGCACGGCAACUUCGAGGAGGGAGAGGAGGAGGAGGAGGACGAGGAGCCUGGCAAGAAGGGCUGCCUGAAGGAAGAGGAGCGUGACAAGCUUGAGGAGCUGCUGCGAGGCCUGAGCCCCAGGAAGGGGGACGUGGCCGAGGCCAUGCUCUUCUGCCUCAGCCACGCCGAGGCUGCCGAGGAGAUCGUGGAGUGCGUCGCCGAGUCGCUCUCCAUCCUCAAGACCCCCCUCCCCAAAAAGAUCGCUCGCUUGUACCUCGUCUCCGACGUGCUGUACAACUCGUCCGCCAAGGUCGCCAACGCUUCGUACUACAGGAAGUACUUCGAAACCAAGCUCUGCCAGAUCUUCUCCGACCUCAACGCCACAUACAGGACGAUACAGGGUCACCUCCAAUCGGAAAACUUCAAGCAACGGGUGAUGUCGUGUUUCCGGGCGUGGGAGGACUGGGCCGUGUACCCGGACCCCUUCCUCAUCAAGCUGCAGAACAUCUUCCUGGGGCUGGUCAACUUGUCCAAGGAGGACAAGGAGGUGGCCCCCCUCACCCUGGCUGCUGUCAUAGAGACGGCAGCCCUGGAGCGCUCCCCGUCCCUGGCCCCGGCCCUGGCCGAGCCGGCCGAGGACAUCGACGGGGCGCCCAUCGGAGAGGACAUGGACGGGGCUCCCCUGGAGGACGUGGACGGCAUGCCCAUCGACGGGGCCGUGAUGGACGGGGCCCCCCUGGACGGGGCCCCUCUGGAGGACCUGGACGGUGUUCCCAUCAAGGCCCCGGAGGAGGAUCUGGACGGGGUGCCCUUGGAGAACGCAGCGGCCAAAGCAGCCGCCUUCAAAGUGGCUCCUUCCAAGUGGGAAGCGGUGGACGAAGCAGAGCUGCAGGCCCAAGCGGUGACCACCUCCAAAUGGGAGGUGUUCGAGCAGCCGGAAGAGAACAAUAGGGACGAGGUGGACAGCGACGACGACGACAGGAGUCCGUGCUCCGAGGACCCCCACAGCUACUCCAACCCCGUCAAGGAGGAGCCGGCGGACAGCAAGGUCAAGCAGUCCGGCCUGAACGAGGAGAAACGCUCCAAGCUCAGGGAGAUCGAGGUGAAAGUGAUGAAGUUCCAGGAUGAGCUUGAGUCGGGGAAGAGGCCCAAGAAGUCUGGCCAGUCUCUCCAGGAGCAGGUGGAGCACUACAGAGACAAGCUGCUGCAGAAGGAGAAGGAAAAGGAAAAACUUGAACGGGAGAAAGAGCGCGAGAAGAAGGAAAAGGAAAAAGUCGAGGCCCGCGUAAAAGAGGUGAAGAAGGAGAAAGAGGAAUCCACGCCCACCAGGAAAGAGAGGCGUCCGUCGCCCGCGGUCGCCAGGAAACGCCGGCACAGCGGCUCGCCCAGCCCGGCGCGGAGCAGCGGCCGGCGGGCGCGCUCGCCCUCGCCCCGCUCUGAGAGGUCGGAGCGCUCCGAGAGGUCCGAGCGAUCCUACCCCAAGGACGUGUCGCGCUCCGCCCACAAAGACUCCCCUCGCUCCGUCACCAAGAAAUCAUCCAAAAGGUCCCCCUCGUCACCCCGGACGCCCAAACGCUCCCGGAGGUCCCGCUCUCGGACGCCCAAGAAGUCGGCCAAGAAGUCCCGCUCCAAAUCCCGCUCCCCACACCGCUCCCACAAGAAGUCCAAGAAAAGCAAACACUGACACACACACACUCCCCCGACCCCUGUGUCUUUGUCCCCCUCUCCCCCCCCCCCCCCCC